AUGGCCUCGGCGGGGACCCCGGAGCAGCGGCUCCCCGAGGCGGAGCGGCCGGCGGCGGCGGGGGGCCGGGCGGAGGCGCCGCGGUGCCGCAGUCUGCCCGCGCUCGGCUCCCCCCUGGCGGCCGGGGGGCGCGGCGGCCGGCCGAGCCCCGCCGCGGGACCGGCUCCCGAGGCCGAGCGGGGCGAGGGCGCCUCUGCCGCCGCCGAGGCUGCCCGGCCCCCCGCCGCCGCCAGCGGCAGCUUCCCCUGGAAGACGGAGGGCGGCCAGCCGGCGGCGUCCGGCCGAGGGGUAUCCCUGGGCCCCCCGCUCCUGCUGCCGCCGCCGCCGCCGGCGCUGCUGCUGGCGGGACCCCCGGGCAGAGCGUGCCUGCGGGCAGUGCUGGCGGACUCGCGCUUCUUCCUGGUGUGCAUGUGCUUCCUGACCUUCAUCCAGUCCCUCAUGGUCUCCGGCUACUUGAGCAGCGUCAUCACCACCAUCGAGCGGAGAUACAGCCUCAAGAGCUCGGAGUCGGGGCUGCUGGUCAGCUGCUUCGACAUCGGGAGCCUGGUGGUGGUGGUCUUCAUCAGCUACUUCGGGGGUCGCGGGCGGAGGCCGCUCUGGCUGGCCGUAGGGGGGCUUUUCAUCGCCCUGGGCGCUGCGCUCUUCUCCUUACCUCACUUCAUCUCUCCGCCGUACCAGAUCCAGGAACUGAACUCCUCCGUCAGUAACGAGGGCUUGUGCGUGGCUGGCAAUGGCACUGCCAAAGAGCAGUGGGACUCGUCGGCCUGCUUCAAGGACACCGGUGGAAAAGACCACUCUCUCUAUGUAGCUUUAUUCAUUUGUGCCCAAAUCCUCAUUGGCAUGGGCUCGACACCCAUCUAUACCUUGGGACCAACCUACUUAGAUGACAAUGUCAAGAAAGAAAACGCCUCGCUUUACCUAGCCAUCAUGUACGUAAUGGGAGCACUUGGACCUGCAGCUGGAUACUUAUUAGGCGGACUUCUUAUAGGUUUCUAUGUUGAUCCUAGGACAACUGUGUAUAUUGACCAGAGCGAUCCCCGAUUCAUUGGAAACUGGUGGAGUGGAUUUCUCCUUUGUGCUAUUGCUAUGCUCCUUGUGAUAUUUCCCAUGUUUACCUUUCCGAAAAAGCUCCCUCCUCGACAUAAAAAAAAGAAAAAGAAGAUUAAUUCUGAUGACGUUUCAAGUGAUGAUGAUGUGAUGAAAGAGAAAACAAGUAGCAAAACAGAAACAGACAGUUCAGUUUCUGCCUCUAUGGGAUUUGGAGAGAAUGUUAAAGAGCUUCCAAGAGCAGCUGUCAGGAUCUUAAGCAACAUGACAUUCCUUUUUGUGAGUUUGUCAUACACAGCUGAGAGUGCCAUUGUCACAGCUUUUAUUACCUUCAUUCCCAAGUUCAUCGAGUCACAGUUUGGCAUCCCAGCUUCCAAUGCCAGCAUCUACACUGGUGUGAUUAUUGUCCCAAGUGCUGGUGUUGGUAUUGUCCUAGGUGGCUACAUUAUAAAAAAGUUGAAACUCGGUGCAAGAGAGUCUGCAAAGUUGGCUAUGAUCUGCAGUGGUGUGUCUCUGCUGUGCUUUUCAACACUCUUCAUUGUUGGAUGUGAAAGCAUAAAUCUAGGGGGAAUAAAUAUACCUUACACAACUGGUCCCACUCUUGCCAUGGCCCACAGGAAUCUGACUGGAAGCUGUAAUGUUAACUGUGGAUGUAAGAUUCAUGAGUACGAGCCUGUCUGUGGAUCAGAUGGAAUAACAUAUUUUAACCCUUGCCUAGCUGGCUGCAUCAGUGGUGGAAACCACAGCACAGGGGUCAGAAAUUACACAGAAUGUGCCUGUGUGCAGAGUCGCCAGGUGAUCACUCCGCCAACAGUGGGCCAGCGCAGUCAGCUCCGGCUGGUGAUUGUCAAAACCUACCUGAACGAGAACGGCUACGCUGUGUCCGGGAAGUGCGACCGAACCUGCAACACGCUCAUCCCAUUCCUCAUAUUCCUCUUCAUUGUAACCCUUAUAACAGCAUGUGCCCAGCCAUCAGCAGUCAUAGUGACACUCAGGUCCGUGGAAGACGGGGAGCGACCCUUUGCACUAGGAAUGCAGUUUGUUUUAUUAAGAACUCUUGCUUACAUUCCCACUCCAAUUUAUUUUGGGGCUGUUAUUGACACCACGUGCAUGCUUUGGCAACAGGAUUGUGGUGUACAAGGAUCUUGUUGGGAAUACGAUGUCACCUCGUUUCGUUUUGUCUACUUUGGGUUGGCAGCUGCUCUCAAGUUCGUGGGAUUCUUUUUUAUUUUCCUGGCCUGGUAUUCCAUAAAGUGUAAAGAAGAACAACUGCAGAGACAGAGUUGGAGGGCUUCGCCGGUGAACACUGUGAGUGAGAUGGUUGGACAAGCUGGACCCCAACAAAACUAUGCACGAACUAGAUCCUGCCCUACCUUCAGUUCCCAAGGAGACAUCAAUGUGGCACAAGGAAUGAACUGCUUAGCACAGACCUACCCUGGCCCUUUUUCAGAAGCAAUAAAUUCCUCAAAUGAAAAUGCAUUGAAAGAAGUCACUGUUGAGAUAUAGACCCAUGGCUUGGUAAUGUAAUAUUUAGUUUUGUUGGUUGACUUAGUUACGGCGCCUUGUAAAACACCUGUGCCUUCUAUUUUUAAUCUAAAUGUAACACGUGAUAAAACCAACAAAGCUUGAUGCAAACAACCAUAAUAUGUUCCUGAGGGCUGGAUACCUCAAACCAACCCAAGUUCUUAUUUCUCCCCUCCUGACAAUGGAGUUUUAAAAAUUGUGUUUGUAAUUAUUUCAGAUGUGUCCAUUAAAUGUCCAUGCUCUGAUCUAAUAUAAUUGUAAAGUUGAGAUGUUACAAACAGCAGAAGUCAGUGGAAGAGUGACAAAAACUCAUAUUGUUGAUGUCUAGACUCACAAAAAUGAGUAAAUGUAUUGUCAACUUCAUAUCCACAAAUUGUAUUUUUAAGAGAUGAGUGAUUACUGUGAGUUCUGCUACAAAGCACAACUGAACUUAUUUAAACUAUGCAACUUAUUUGGAUAAUUGUAUGUGCAGCAAAUUAAAUUUAAAGCUUGCUUUUAAAGACAUUACUGCAACUGAAUUUCAAAGGGGCUAUUUUCAGGUGUAAUCAUUAAAUUAAAAAAUAACAUAAGGUUUAAAGUACUGUUAAUAACAUGUCAAGCCAUACAAGAGUUAUGCAUCAGGUAAUGUUUGCAAAUAUUGAGUUGUAACAUCUUUAUUCUAUCAAAAUGUGCAUUAGUUUUCAUCUGAUGGGAUGUAGUCAUUCUUCACAAAGUACGUAGGAUACUGUAAUGCUUGAAGUAAAAAACUUCAGUAUUGGUUUAUAGUAACAUUAAGAUGUAGGAAUCAUACACACAUACCAGAUCAGAUAUGUGCACAUUUCUGCAAUGUUAUUUGGGUGGCUGUUAUUAGCACCAAAUCCAUAUUUUCUUGAAGAAGAAAACAGCUGCUUAUAGCUGGAUAGGAAGUUUGGCUGUCCUUCAGACUUGCAUGCCAGUGUAUCUCAGCUUCAGUGGCAAAGUCCCGAGGGAGAGGUAAUGGCCUCAUCUGGUGUCUGGGACCUGGCGGGUCCCUCGCAGCCAGCAGCAGAGUUCAGGCUGCAGGAGUGAGCAGAGGAGCCCCUCUAGGGGCUGCAAGCAGCCUGCCCACCAUGGUGCCAGCUCGGAGGCUCUCCCUGCACUCCUGGCACUGCCGAGGCACGGAGCACCCCGACACCCAGGGCAGCUGGGAUGGGAGGCUGGCUCAGACCCUCUGCUUUCUACCACCCAGCUCAGACCCUCUGCUUUCUGCCACCCAGCUCAGACCCUCUGCUUUCUGCCACCCUUCUGCCUCUCCAGUGCCCGGUCGGUGCUGGGCAGGCUGGAGGGACAGGCUAGGAGGUCCUGGCUGUGUGGUGUGUCCCACACAUGUCUGCCUUUCCUUUUCUCAGCUUCACUGAAAGCUCCUGUGAAGGCAGAGAGUGAGUUUGUCUCUCCUUUGGCCCUCCGGGUGAAGAGCUAAGAAUAGAAAUUAUCGGCAAGUGUGGACUCACAGGAUGUGAUGUGGCCUUUGUUUAUUCCAAAUUACUGUAGUGUGUUCUCUGCCUGGGAGAUGCUUAAACUUUCUAAUCAAAUGUGCUUGGCAUUUCAUUUCUUGUUCUGGAGGCUUUGUAGUGCCAUGCUCAUGAGGUACUAAUGAUGUCUCAAAGGCAGAAAUUGUCAGUUGGACACUGAGAAGUCAAGGCUGUAUUGUGCCCUGCAGGGGAAGUCUUAGAAGUGUAGGAAAUGAAAAAGCAGUCUUUUAAGAGGACUUAGUGAUAGUCUGGUUUGGAUUUUGCUGAGUAGAGAACUUGUAUGAAAAUAAAUAGGAAAGAGCAGAUCUACAUAUUUUUGAACAGGUAUUCCUGAUUUAAUUUUUCAAUUUAGAACAUGUAUAUUGAUUAAACAUUAUACGGAACCAAGUCCUUCAAAAUAAAGGCAGUACUCUCUGUGGCAUCCAUUAAAUUGUCCAGGGAAGUGUACAUUUCCCUGUCUGCCUUUGCCAACUGUCUUUUGUCAUCACCUGGAUCUUCUUGACCAGCACAUGGGACUACCCACGGGGCUGCUUAUUUCAGAAUGUGUCAGUCCACUUAUGUAGUUUCUAACAAUUCUUACUCUUCUUGUCUGAAAAGUCCAAUUCUUCUACCCCAAACAUAGAGAAGUAUUGUUUUGACCUCUUCCUACUAUUCUGUCCAUAUUAACAGCCUUUUUUGGGUUAAGCUUGAGAAUGUCUUUUCUUUUCAUGCAGCCACCAGAUACAGCAGCGUGUUCUCAGUUAGCACUUCCUGAGAUAAUUGGCUUUUACACUUCUUGUCCUGAAAAUUAAUUUCCUUGGCUUAAAGGUGUUUGGAAUAUACAUACAUAUAUAUAUAUAUAUGUGUGUGUGUGUGUGUGUGUGUAUAUUUGCUAUAGGAGAUCAGAAUAGAUGAUAAAAAUGUUUCCUUUUGCUUCAGUUUCAAAUGCUUGUUGCACCAAGAAUUUUCUACUGUGGUGAAAAUUGGCAAAGUAGUAUGACAAAGUGUAAUUGCAGCCCAGCCCUUGUCUAUUUUCAUCACUUCCCCAUUUUAAUCAUCACAAGGGAGAAGUGAAGAAUGACAAUCUUUUCAAAUACCUCAGGAACAGAGCAUUUAGGGAAUUUUAAAAGACUGAAGAUUUAAUAAUCUGUCCCAAUCUCUUAUAUUUCAUGCCUUGUGUGCUUCAGUUCCAUACAAAAACAAAGGAAGAGCAGAUUAGGAUUGUCAGGAACUAAUGGCACUGAUGCCAAAGAAUGAGAGUGAUAAAAGUGACACUUCUGCAGCUGCUGCUGUUUCUGAGCUUCGAAGGGAUUUUAGAGCUUGUUGCAGUAGAAACCAUCUAUUUUUUUAGGAUAUCCUGUCCCUUUGACUUCCAAGAGCAUUCAUAUUUCCUAAAUGAUUGAAGAAGUGGAAUGUAGAAAGAAAGAUAUUAACUUCAGAAAUACUGAAAAAGCCUUUUUUACAUGCUCUCGAUUUUAAUUUUUAAUUGGAAAAUAAAUUUAAAUUUUUCUUUAAGUGUUAUAUGCAAAACAAAAUGUAAUUCCUUACUUUUCAAACAUUUUUUUCCCUGGUUUUGGAUAUAGAUAAUUUUGGCAAUACAAAUAUAUUUCUAUAUAAUCAAUUAAGCCAGCAUCCUCUGAAAGAAAGAAAACCCAAACACUGGCUAGUUUUUGAUUGAUUCCUGAAGGAGGGUUUCUCGUGAGUAAUCUAUAACAAUCUAAACUAAGCCAAUAAAGGUAUGCAGGGGAAACACAUUCACAUCCUAGAAAUGUCAAUUCCAGCAUUGUCAUUUACCAGUAUGUGGACUGAGACCUGCUGACCAAACACUGUUCUGAGGCUGUCACUGCUGGAGGAAGCAGCAUCUCCAGACAUUGAGAGCACCUAGCAGUAGUCGUGGUCGAUGCAUGGUGCUAAACCAACUUCACAGGAACUAAAAAAGAAUAUUGCCUGUCAUGUGGUGAAGGGGCCCAAGCUGUCUUCCUACUGUGAGAUCUUCUCACCAUAGAACAUAAAAUUCCAUUAAGUUUUAAUUUUUACCACCUUGACUCUCUGUCCUUGAACACAAAAGGUGUGCUGGCAGUGAAUACAAGAAAAGGUGAAGCAGGUGUCCUGCUCACCACAGGCUGCUAUUGAUAGCAAAUCCAAGUCACCUGCCUGCACUUACCAGCCAGAGGUAAUAUGGAGAAACAUCUGGUGAUGGUCAAAGUGCCACCAUGCCAUCAUAGGGACAGACUCUAAAUCCCUCUUCCACCACUUAUUCCUGAUUUAGAGUGAGGAACAUGGGAGGAAGAGUAGCCCAAAUACAUGGACUUGAGUGAACAGGUUAAUUGUCCCUGCUUAGCCUCCCAUUCACCCUUGUUUCCUCAAAAAGGAGAAAACUUCAGAAUGGAUGCAGCCAUGGCCGUAGGUGCUUAUGAAUUCAGCACCCUCAGGAGAUAAUUUGUAGAUCUUUGCAGGACUGGAGUGAUCUGGAGAGUGGGACUGUCCUUGUUUCCAGUUUUAGUCAAAAGCCCCCUGGUUUUGGUCCCCCUUUUUCCCCUUGAGCAUAUUGGAUAAAAUAUGAUAUAAAUUAGAACCAAUGACAUUUUAUAGCCUUUCAGUACAGUGUGAGCAGCUGCAAGAACCUUUGAAUAUUAUUGUGCAAUUUCUAUUUAUUCAGAAUCUUUCAGUUCUUUGGCCAGCCUAUGUAUCUCUAAAAGUGCAUGUUGUAACAUGCAGUUCUUCAGAACUUACUGUAUGUAAGUGGAGGCACUACUAAGUAUUAGAAAUGUACAUUUGAAAGGUCCUAAAUUAAUAGUGUUUUCAAAAAUACAGUGUUUUUUUAGUAUUGAUUAUUAAUUUGUAGUAUUAGCUAUUCAUUCAUUAUGGCUCUAAUCCAGCAGAACAUUUAAAUAUGUAGGUAAAUGUAUAUAUUUAAGUAAUGAACUUGAAAAUAAUGCACAUAUGCAAGUAUGGGACUGAAUCCUGUCUGCAUUCAAAAAGAAAUUCCUUUAUCCAAAGAAUAUUUCUAUACUGAGCAUUUCCCCCAUGGAUUCAAUGAUAAUUGUAACCAGAAUAGCACAAAGUAGCACUUGAGUAUUCUCCUGUAGCAUUCAGGUGUGGCUACUUACAUAUCCAGCAAUGGAGGAAGGCUGUUAUUUUCAAAUAGAAUUCAAAUUCAAAAUAUUUUGUGGGAAUGGGCUAAGAUUCAUUCUCGCUCUUCCUGCCAUUCACUUAUUUAAUGAAUUUCUGUCUGAAAACCUAUGUGUUACAUGUUAGAUUAAAUAAAGGCAUCCAUCUGACCUUAGAGCCAAUGAAGUUGCUCAAGUAAUGCUGUAGACUCAAAUUGUGCCCUUUCACAGAAUUUGAACCUAGAAGUGCAGAUGACAAAGUGUCAGUAUCCUGCACAAAUGGAGCAGAGCAUUGCCUGCUCAGUGGAACUUCAGAGAGCAUGUUUGGGACAGGGGUCAGCACCUUCUGCACUGCUCUUGCAGGUUUUCCCCCAAAAUGCCUGAAUAAUUGCUGCCUUACUACACUUAAGUGUGCGUGUGAUACCACAGCUCUUCAUUGUGUUAUAUUGACAUAAAAUUGAUGAGAAAUAGGUUCAAAGUGUCUUACUGCUAUUUUGGAGACAGAUUCUUGGCCUCACUAGUCCAAUGUUGAGGCUGAAGAACUAGACCAUACCUCGUGUUGGAAGUUAACAAGCUGGUGCUUUAGCAAGUAUGUGUGAAGUAGGGAAUAUCAAAUUUGUUUAGCUUUUAUACUCUAUUCACUGGUUGUUACUACUGUUUUUGGAGAUCAAAGACAAAAAAAAAAUCUCCCUUAACAAGUUUAUCUUUUUCUGUUUUCUCAAUAAUGUGUUUUUUAUAAUGGCUUAGGAGAUGCCAUGCUGCAUGCUUCAGAAUCUGAAGCCAUCCAGCUGUGGUUGCUUUCCAGGGGCUUAAAACACCUGGUAAUAGAGAUUUACCAGGACUGCAACCUGCAUCAUCAUUGCUAUGGACAGUGUUUGCUAUUAAUAGAUUAAACCUGCAAUCAACACAUUUCAGGUUCUUCACAUACUGGACUUGAUUCUUUGCACAUUUUCAUCACUUCAGAGUGCUUAGAAAAUAGGCAGUCAACAUCAUGGUGGUAGAUUUAGUCUUUGGUAGGGAAUUAGAGCUUUCUUCUUUUUUCCUUUUAACAUCUUGUUUGACAAAUAACAAUUCAAAAAGAUCACAUGUAAACAUUGUCAAGAGUAGAGAUGUGGAGAGGACAGGAUAUGGCCAGGUUCAUAUGAUUAGUCUCCUUUACACUGAAUAUCACUAAUACAUCCUACUUUGUGGACAAAGGUUUGAAAGCCUACCUGAUCCUCAGGAAGGAAAUUUUUAUUAUAUUUUCCUCAUAAUUUAUUGCGUAAAUUAAGGAGGAAAGUUAACACUACCCAUGUCCUGUGGCUGUAUUCAUUGCAUUAAACUGCAGUUAAUAACUACAGUUAGUAAUUUUAGCAGUCACCCCUCCAGUCCUUCAGCUCAGCUCUCUUUUUUGUUAAUACAGCCCGUUAAACACAGAGGUAUCUUUGUAAUUUCAAUGCAGCUCCAAAGUUUUCUUGACUUCAAGUGUUACAGAAUAGAUGCUUAUUCAUCCAGUUCCUAUUUUACUCUUCUAAUUAUUACAUUAUCGAUUGUGUGUAUUGUAUUUUAAAAUUUUUUUUCAUUAUCAAACCAGUUGUCACAAUGUUAUCCUCCAACAGUGUUUUGUUCAUUAUAUAGAAUAGGUGAAAAGCUGUGGAAUUAAUGAAGGGCUACAAAAAGCAUCCAAAUGUUCACCUUGAGGAAGGGUGAGACACCUUGAUAAUCUCUGGACAAUAGACUAAACAACACUGUGGUGCUAAUAGGUACAGAAGUAUUUUAUUAUAUAUUCACUAUGACUUAAAUGACAUAUUCAAGGCAUGUCAAUGAUGCAACUGCAUGUGUUUCUGUUCUUAAAGUCUGGACUGCUCUGACAGUGUUUGUAAUUUAUGGUGAGCCAAUUCCUACCUAGCUCUCCUGUGGGUAAGUAAUUUCAGGAGUCUGUGUAGGAUCUGGCCCAGCACUAUUAGGUAAAGUAAAAGCUACACAGACCACAGAAGUCUCGUGUGUGUAGAAUGUAUUCAGCCUGCUGUAGCAUGUUACUUGAUUUAGUUGCUUUGCUUAAGCAGGGGCUAAAAAUAAAUUCUGUAGUAAUGAUAAGAAACACUGGGCUAAAUUCUGGAACCCUUAACCAAGCAAUAUUAGCAAGCCUUUGAAUGAAAAUGAGGAUUGAAAUCUGAAUGUUCUUUCAUGGAAUACAAGAAAGAGAGGGGUAGAAUAAGAGCAAAUUCUAUCUCUAGGAAUGGAAAAAGGCCAAAUCUGGUUGACUCCAAAGUGAGCUAUGAUUUUCCAAAGGGGCAUUUGGUUUUAAAAUCUUGAAGACAAAAUUUCCCUUUUGAAUUCUGAACCAUCAUUUUUUUUGUCUUGUUUUGCCUGGGCUGCUCAUGCAGGGCAGGUGUCUCUAUUCCAAAUAGCACUGAAAGCACUAAUAAGCACUAAUCACACUUCUGACCGUCAGGCCAGAAAAUUUGCCUCUGUAGCAAACUCCAUAUUUGAAAACCUGGAAGGAAAUUUCCAACCAAAACAAAAAAAUAUAUACAAAAUUAUCCAAACCUGAAUUUCAGUAAAAAAAGAAGAAAAUUUUAUGUCAGUGAGAUCCACAGUUGAGUGGAGGCUUUCCUGGAAGAAGACCUGCUCUUUUCACCAGCUGAGCACAUGGAAGUUUGCCCAUAGCUGCAGUGCAUACCUCUACCAAAUGAUUUGUGCAGAACAGCAACAGUCUGGGUAGUAUUGUAGGAGCGUGGAGUGGGCACGCUGCCUGUAACUGUUUAGUUUUUAAAACCUCAUUAUUAAGCAAAUGUGUAGAGUAUUAAGGAAAUUUGUAGAGUAUGUCUGAUGGUAUGAGUGUGUGGGUGCUGUGCUGUGGUAAAAAGAGAAUUGGUUUAUGCUGGGUAUUUUUGCAUACUUUACUCCUAUAUGUUUUUGGUUUUGUUUUUUUUUUAAAUUUAUAUUUAUUUCUCAUCAGAGCUUAGAGUAAUUUUAAAGUUAUAUAACCCAUGAUUUAAUGAAACCUACUGUCAGCAUCUGUUGUAAACAUGUGUUUACAAAACAAACUCUUGAAUACUUGAUACUUGGAAAUAAAAAAUAGCAUAUCACGUG